UGAGCACUUUCAGCGCUCCCACGCAUGCGUGCAGGGCAAGCGCCGUGUACAGCCAAGACUGUGGCCUUGAAGACCUUGGAGGAUCUUGACGGAAGCUCCCUUGGCCCAGCUUCAGCAGUCGUGGGAGCGCGCCUAUACAACAUUGUGCUGGACCCACACCUAGAACCUUCUGACGCACUCCGGGGCCGAGUGUGGCGUGAGUUUGCGAAGCGCACGAUGUCUGUGAUAGAGGCGAAGAAGAUCAAGAGCCUUCUCGCUCAGAGCGCGCCAGUGUCCAGCGAGACGGUGAAGCUUCAGGAUUCUUCGCGGGGUGCUAUCUCACUGUCCUUUGCGCGAGAGCCAGAUGCUCAGAUCAAGGAUGUUGCGUCGUACUACUUCGCGCUGCGAAUGCUCUUGAACUGCUGGGCUUUCUGCGGGAUUUUUCUUGCAAAGACACGGAUGGCGUUGAGCGCAAGUUCAUCAAUCUCAGUCAGAGUUGGCUUCAGCGGAAUGAUGUGCUUACAAGGGGGAAGAUGGCGUCCAAGGUCCGGCGAGCCGGCCGCGCUCUCCAAGAGGCUCUUGCCGAAUGUUACCUCGAAUGACGUGCUCCGGCGCUGAUGGUGUCCCCCAGAAGUGGCAGGUGAGCUUUGAGGAUGAAGCCCCGCUUCGCCAGGCUAAGAUGCCCCGCUUGUCCACUUGACGUCAGCAUGCUGAAGGCUGGCAUCGCAAUUUGCAAGGGCUUCAAUGACGUUGCCCCCACGUCUGUGACGUCAAGGAUUGUGGCAGCAAGAGCCACACUAGGCUGCGUUUUGGAGGCUGCUGUUCCCCUGCCCCCACCCCCGCCACCCGCGGCGUGAGCCGUGAAGUUUGCAUCCAGACGGCGGAUCAGACGGUGCCUGUGUCAGCCUUGCCAGAUCGCCUUCUCGCUGUACGGUGACAUGGCUUGGGCGUCCCGGUGUGCGUCACCCUGCUCUCAUUCAAUGGUCUUGCAGUCGAGUGUGCCACCCACAUGGGUUGUCGGCCCGUCCUCAUGGAUGCUGCCUGCUGUCGCUGGACCAGCAGCCGCCCUGGGCAGGGUCUCCUUGAAACAUGAACUUGGUCUGCAGCCUUGGCUUAAAUCCUCAGCUGCCGAGCCUCAUUUUUUUUGC